AUGAGUUUUCAAGAUAAGCAAAUCAAAAUUGUGGGAACUUAAAGUGAUGCGGAUUAUAAUGAGACACCAACUUCUACAAACGGAAGGUUGAACAAUAGCAGAGGAAAUAAUCCUAAUUUGAUACAGCAAGGCAACCCAAAUAACUAGCAUGAAAAUGAAGGAAACGAUAAAAGUUUAAAUGAUGUAAGCGGAUUUAGUAAUAACAAUUCGCUAAUGAUGUAAGAUGUUUAAGGUAAUAAUUAAAAUGAAAAUGAUGAAUGUGAGGAAUGUGAUGAACAUAUUUCAGCAGUUUUUUGUCGCAAUUGUGGAUAAAAACUCUGUAAGUAGUGUGACUUAAGAAUUCAUAAUAGAGGAAAAAGACUUUUGCAUAAAAGGGAGAAUAUUUAAGUAAAGGGGGAAAGUAAGGGCUAGACCUAGCAAACUCAACAAGUUUAAUAAUAGCAAUAUUUCAAUAGCCAAGCAGUUCAAAAUUAGCAAUAGUAUUUUUAAAUGCAAAAUUAGAAUCAAGAUAUAACUCCUUCAAAAAAACAAUUACAGCAGUAGAACAACUUUGCAAAUCCUCCCCUUAAUCUACCCAUUGUUAAUGCAUAGGGUAAUUAAACGAUAGGAAAUUAUCAAUAGCAAUAUUAGUAGUAGUAGUAGUAGUAGCAAUAGCAACAAUUUUAACUUCCCUCUACCCCAAAUGGGCUAAAUCCUAAUCUAUCAAGCUUGACUUUUGGGUAAGGCACACCAAGCUCAUAAACUAAUAAAUCAGUAAACUUCAUGUAGUAAGGACAAAACUCAAAUAUGAUGGCUUAGAAAAUAGGUGACACAUUCACAUUUUCUGAUGGAUAAAGCGGAAUGCUCAUGAGUGGAGGUAAUAAAUAGUUAGAUGACAAUUAACAAUAACAAAUGCUUUAUAUGAUAAUGCAAAUGUAGUAAUAAAUGUAGUCUCCUCGUUUGCAAGACUAGUAGCCAUAAUUUUUCUCUCAACCAAAUAAUUAAUAGUAAUAAAAUUUAAAUUAGCAGGUUUUACAAUAGCAAUAGUAUUAGUAGUUUUACACCUAACCAGUAGGUCAAUAAUAGUAGCCAAUAGGCUUUUAGCAAACUCAGUAACCUCUAAGUAGUCCUUGCUAAAUUCCUAUGAUACCAGCAAAUAUGGCUUAAAACUAUGGUCAGCAGUAUUAAAAUUAAUAGUAAAACUAAUAAAAUUUGUAAUAAGCCAGCAGUAGCGGAUAAAAUUUAGGUUAACAAUAACAAUUUUUUGUUGGAAACUUUUUGAAUAACACAAAUGUAAGUGCUUCGAUAGAUAAUUCUUAUGACUAAAAUCAAUCAUAUAAUAUGUAUAAUUCAUUUAAUUAGUAUAAAAUCAAUCCAGAAAAUAAUGGAAAUACCCCAACAAUGAAUAACGAUGAAAGUAAUCCUUAGCUUUAAACUCCUAACCUGGCUCCUUCUUAAAAUCCAGUUAAUCGAAAUUUCUCUGAAAUUAUAAGCUCUUCUAGAUAAAAUAAGACUUUUAAUGUUUCUGUUGAUCAUGGAUUUAGCUUUGGAGAUGAGCAAGAAAAUACCUCAUUCAUGAGCUAAAAAAAUAAUGCAAACAACAUCCCUGUUAAUCCUAUAGAGAUAUCUCUCUAUCAAGAUUUUAGUCACUUUGAUAGUAAAGAUAUUCAGUAAGAAAUAACUAAAAAGAUACUUAUCGAGCAUGCCAAGUAAGGAGAUCUUCUUGUAAAAUUAGAAACAUUUAAGGAAGAUUAUCAAAAAGAAGUAGGAAAAGGAUAAUUUGUUAACAUAGAAAAAAUAGUAAAGAACUUAGAAUAAAAAUAAGUUAUUCAUAGCACUAUCAGAAAAUUUGGAGACUCAAAUCCUAUUCAAUAUAUUAGCAUCCAUUUAAAUUAAAUAUCGAUUGAAGUAGUUAUAUGGAUCAUCAUUUCCAUUAGAAAUGAUGAAAUGACUCCAAACGAAAAAAUGGUACUUUCUAGAAUCAAGGAAUGUUAUGGAGUGAAAAUCAAUCAGUUAUAUUGGAAUGGAGUUAUUCUAUAUAUUAAAUCUCUUGCUGAUAUUAAUGGAGACAUUAUCUUUAAUAAGCCUAACAUUCUGAAUUUGAAAUUGAAAAAAUUCAAAGACCCUUUAAAUAAUACAGAAUCUUAUCUUAUGUAUGUUAAAGAUACAAUUGAAUGGAUUCACUCAGAUAAUGGUCCUAUUUUGCAUGAAGAUAAAGAUUUAUGGAGAAUAUUCAUUGAAUUUAUUAAAGAAUUCUUCUAAGAAAGCGAGCCGAAUGCGUUAAAUACAAGCAGCUCUGCAGGAAAUAUAAAACAAAAACACAAAUGGACCUCUUCUGUUGAAAAUGUUCAUACUAAAUCUACUAAGAAAACAAUAGUGCGUCCACCAAAAUCUAUUAAUAAAGCUAUUCCAGGAGGAAGAUAUGGCUGCGCCUAGCUGCUUAAAUGCUGCGGACCUCUGCCUCUAAGAAGUUGUAGUUUAGGAAAGCUCUCCUUAUUUGUUUAGGAAGCUAUAACUAGAGGAAUAUUAGUUUACUACAAAACUUUAUUAAUUAAACCUACUAACUUUGAUUUUGAUGAAGUCAUGGAUAUUACAGUCUUAGAUUAGCAUGCAGAGAGUGAAGUAAAUAACACAACUUCUCUUGUGAAUGCAGGAGAUAUGACAAACAGGACAGAUUCACAAAAAUCUAUCAAGAAUAGUGGUGCUGCUGCUACUGCCUCAGUAUCUCAUGUUUUGCAACCUUCUGUAAGCGAAGAUAAAUUAUCAAAAGAAUAAAUAGAAAAAAUAUAACUAAUCAAAACAACAAUUUUAGAAAUCUUGCUUGAAAAUAAAAGAGGAGUUAGUCUUGCUAGAUUACCAAAAUUAAUUCAAAAAAAAAUAGAAUUUACUUUUGAUUUGCAUGAACUAGGUUUUCCUAAGUUAAAAUCUCUUUUACAAACUAUUGCAGAUGUGAUUAUAGAAAACGAUGGCACUACUUAAGCAUAAGCUGUUUUAAAACAAAAUUUGAGUGGAAAUUUGUAGACAAUAAAUUAGUUAUAGAUGCAAAAUAGUGAGAGUAAUGGAUCUAUAAAUGGUUAGCAGUAAAUUUAAUAAAACAGAAUAAAUAAAAUUACUCCAUCUGGAAUUCCUAAAUCUUCUUAAAAUAAUGCUCCUAAAUUCUUUGGUAAUUCUCCUGCAAUUAAUGUCUAAGAUUAGGAAGAGCAAUAAAAUUUAAGUAAAGAAUAUCAAUCUGCACCAUAGCCUUAAUCCAAUAAUAACCAAAACAAUAAUACAAAUUAAAAUAACUCCGGAAACAAUAUUCCAUCAAUUUCAAAUACUUAAACCGUUAACAACUAGCGCGAUUUAAGUCCUCACUCCUAUAAUAAAAAAUUUUGUACUUUAAAGCCUGAUAAUUAUGGCAAAAAAGCUUAAAAUUUGACAAAUGGAAGAACUUUUUCCAAUUUAGAUGAUUACAGAAGCAAAGUAAUUAGCACAAUAUAAAGCAUUCUAAAUGAUAAUUAAUACGGCUUGAUGUCUUACAAACUUAAUGAGCUUCUUAACUAGAAGCUAAAUGCAAUAUUUUAGUUUAGUUUAUUUGGAUGCAAAAACUUUAAUGAAUUUUUAACUUAAUACACUGAAUCUUUUGCAGAUAUUUUAGUAAAGCAAAAUAAUUUUAUUAUCUAUUCAAAAAAUUCUCAGCUGAACCCAUUAACAAUGCGUGCUAUGCAUCCUAAAAUUCAUUAACAAUCUGCUUCAGUAUAAGGAACUUUAACUACUUAAUAAUAAAAUUCUUCUUAGUAACCAUAAUAAAACUAUGGUAUGUAGACAUAUCCUUAUGGAUAAUCAGUACAAUAAUAAUAAGGUCAAUCAUCUUAGGCAGGAGAUAAAAAUGCGGCUGGAAAAUAAAUGUAAUCACCACAUACUAAAUACGAACCAUAACAGUAAUACCAACAGGGUUAAAAGCAAUUAAUGAGCAAUAGUUGCAAUAGUAGUUUCCUUUCAUCUCCUCCUCAAUUCAAAAACGAUUCUUUUUUCCAUAACAACUCCUAAAUUUCAUAAAGUUUUACCAACUUUUCAAUCAAUAUAACUGGUAAUCAACCAUCUGAAAUAAACAAUUAAGUACACGAGGAAUCUCACAACGAGCUAGAUGAAAAUUUAAAAUUCAUAGAAGAACUUCUAAAUGAUGAGGACAAACAGUCACUUGGACAUCAUAGAAGACAUUCAUCAAACUCUACUGGUACUUUCCGUGCUUUCUAAGGAUAUGACAAUAAUAUUUUCUAUAACUAACUAAAAUCUCCAUAGAAUAAUUAUUAAACUUAAAGGAAAUAUAGUCCUUUAUAUUCUAAUGAUUUUCCUGAAAUAAUACAUGAAGAACCAAACCAAAUGCAUGGAUACAAAUAUGGAUAACAAGGACACAAUCCUUCUUAAUUCGGACAUUAACCUCCUGGUUCUAAGAGUAUGAAUAUUGAGUUACAAGGAUUAGCAAACAAUCAAGUGUACUAAAACACUAAUCAUGUAGACAAAAAUAAAUAAAAAUAUCGUCAUAAAACUCUCAAUUAUUAAAAUUGA